GCCCCGCCGCCCCGGGGCCCCGCUCCGCAGCGCAGCGCAUGGAGCCCGGCGGGGACCACCGGAGCCGGAGCGGCGGCGGCAGGGGCGGCCCCGGGCCAGCAGCGGCCUCGGCACGGGGCCGACGGCUGCCGCCCGCCGGAUCGAGCGGCGGUGCGGAACCCGAGGAGGACGACGGCGGGCAAGAUCUUCAGCUGGAAGGGGGUGCCUUGGGGUCCUGGGGGAGUGCCCCCCUGCCCUCUUCCAGGGUCAGGGGACCAGCAUCUUCAGGCAGGAAAUACUCAGACCACUGUGAGGCCCGGGCCUCGAGGCCUGGGAAGAGCCGCAUCCCCGGCCGUGACCACCGGCGCUACUACCACGACCACUGGCGGCUGGAGUACCUGAUGGACUUCAACCCUGCCCGGCACGGCAUGGUGUGCAUGGUGUGCGGCAGCUCCCUGGCCACUCUCAAGCUCAGCACCAUCAAGCGGCACAUCCGCCAAAAGCACCCCUACUCCCUGCACUGGAGUCCCCGAGAGAAGGAAGUUAUCAGCAACAGCUGGGAUGCCCACCUGGGGCUGGGGGCCUGUGGAGAGUCCGAGGGCCUGGGGGCCCAGGGGGCUGAAGAAGAGGAGGAAGAGGAAGAGGAAGAGGAAGAGGAGGGGGCUAACCUGCAAGCUUGCCCACCCAAGGGUGCAGGCAAAGCCCCAGCCGAUGAGGGCAGCCGAUGCCAGCAGCGAGGGGGCCUAGUAGCACCCAGGGCUCGGUGUCGGGGUCUCUCAGCCUCCCGCAGGGCUGGGGACAGCAGGGGGCUGGGGGCGCGGCAGCUGGACCAGAGGCUGAAGGAGUCCCUGCAGAACUGGUUCCGGGCUGAGUGUCUCAUGGAUUAUGACCCUCGGGGGAACCGGCUGGUGUGCAUGGCCUGUGGCCGGGCACUGCCCAGCCUGCACCUGGACGACAUCCGUGCCCACGUGCUGGAGGUGCACCCCAGCUCCUUGGGGCUCAGUGGCCCCCAGCGGAGUGCCCUGCUGCAAGCCUGGGGUGGCCAGCCCGAGAUACUGUCUGAGCUCACUCGGUCCCCAGCAGACGAUGACCUCGUCCCCCAGGACCUGACCAGAAAGAGCCUGGACCCCGCCCCCACUGCUGGAGCCCUCUCCUCUCGGGAUCUCAGUCCCCCAGACGUAAAAAAGGAAGAGGCUGUCUGGGUCCCUGAGAGGCCCAGGCCCGCAGAGGAGGCGGCGGCGGCGGAGGAGGAGGAGGAGGAGGAGGAGGAGGAGCUGGAGGAGGGCGAGAGGGUGGGGGUCCCGGGCCGGUCUCCGCGGGGCCGUCACCACCGCCGCUACCGGGAGCGCUGGCGGCUGGAGUACCUCGUGGAGCUGGACGGCGGCCGGCGCGGCCUGGUGUGCAUGGUGUGCGGGGGCGCGCUGGCCUCGCUCAAGAUGAGCACCAUCAAGCGGCACAUCCGCCAGCGCCACCCGGGCUCCACGCGCCUCAGCGGGCCAGCCAAGGCCCUCAUCGCCCAGGAGUGGAGCGAGAAGGCCGCUCACCUGCUGGCCCUGGGGCUGCCCAGCCCCGAGUCCCCCGGGAACCCCGCCGCCCCUGCUACAGCCGCAGCCUCCGAGGAGGGGGGAGGGGAAGAGGAGGAGGAGGAGUGGUGGGGCGAUGGCCCGCUUUCCCCAGGGGAACCAUCGGAACGGCCCCCCGACGACGACGACGACGACGAGGACGGCCCAGAGCCCGGGGGCCUCGCCUUCCCGCCGCUGCCGCCGCCGCCGCCGCCGCCGCCGCCGCCGCCGCCGCGCAGCCGAGAGCAGCGGCGGAACUACCAGCCGCGCUGGCGGGGCGAGUACCUGAUGGACUACGACGGCAGCCGGCGCGGGCUGGUGUGCAUGGUGUGCGGGGGCGCGCUGGCCACGCUCAAGGUCAGCACCAUCAAGCGGCACAUCCUGCAGGUGCACCCCUUCUCCAUGGACUUCACGCCCGAGGAGCGCCAGACCAUCCUGGAGGCCUACGAGGAGGCCGCGCUGCGCUGCUACGGCCACGAGGGCUUCGGGCCGCCCGCUCCCGCACCGCGCGACGGCGGCGCGGACCUCAAAGCGGGCGCCGUUUGUCGGGCGUAGCGGGCUCGCGGGGCGGCUCCGCCCUGCGCUCUGCCGGCCUUCGGGCCGGGACACCCCGCUUCCUGCGGCCCUCCCCCUUCUCCCCUCCCCGCCCCGCUGGCCGG